UCAAUGGAAUAGUCGCGCCUUCUAGUAAAUAUUCAAAGUUGCAUUAAACUAAAUAUUUUGAAUAGGCUAAAAUAUUGUGAAAUAUAUAAAGUAACGAGCAGCCAGCGAACACCAGGAAUAUGCGCAAACUCACCGAUUUGUUAAAUGGACGAGGCGUUACGAAGUAUGCGACCAAUGAAUCGUUCCAGCUUUUAAUUCAAUGUUGGUCACUGAUUGGAGUUAAGCCCUUAAAACCGUAUCGAUUCGGUCGUUUACUGCACAUGUGCUUCUGCUGGUUUUUACUACUCCUCUGUCCGUUUACCUUCUUCAUGGGUUACUUGCACACUUUGACAACCGAGCCAAUAACAAUCCAACUUAGCCUUCUGCAAACAGCAGCCAAUGUCAUAGGCGUGCCACUCAAGACCAUUUCCAUUGCAAUAUUGAGGACGUAUUUGCGAAGAGUGGAACCGAUCUUUGAUCGUUUGGACGAACGCUACCAGAGCGGCGCAAGUCGUGAGCAGAUAAAAGAUUGUGUUAUGAUCAGCACACGUAUAUUCACCAGCGUAGGGUUUAUGUUUCAUUUUUAUGGCUGCACCACAUAUCUCCAAGCGCUACUCACACAUAGUUAUCCUCUGAGCACAUGGCUGCCAUUCAUUGAUUCUAUUUCUCAGCCAACCAUAAGAUAUUGGGCGCAUUAUGUCUUCGAGGUUUUUCACAUAGUUUUCAUACUCACCGUGCAAACUGCAAUGGAUUUGUUUCCGGCAAUUUAUAUACGAACUUUACGCACACAUUUCAAUCUGUUGACGGAACGCGUUAGUCAUUUGGGUGAGAAUCCAGAGUUUACUGAUGAAGAGAACUUUGACGAAUUGGUGGAUUGCGUUGUUACCCAUCAGGAAUUGUUGGAGGCGAAAAAUAUCGUUUCAUCCGUCUGCUCGAUAACACUAUUUGUUCAAUUCGUAAUUGCUGCCUUAGCUCUCUGCAUUGCCUUGCUAAACUUUUUCGUAUUUGCCGAUUCGGUUCAACGGGUGGUCACUUUACUAUAUUAUUUAGGCGUUGUAAUGCAGAUCACGCCUACAUGCUAUCAAGCAUCGAUGAUGGAAGUUGACAGUGCCAAGUUGCCUGACGGCAUUUUCCAUUGCAAUUGGUUGGCCAUGGACAAGCGUUCUCGCAAGCUCAUCAUCUACUUCAUACAUCGUGCUCAGGAGAACAUUACCUUCGUAGCACUGAAACUCUUCAACAUCAAUCUGACAACUAACCUUUCGAUUAUCAAAUUUGGUUUUUCAUUGUACACAUUUAUGAACAACAUGGGCUUUGGACAGAAUUUAAAAGAGAUAUUGGAAUAAAUAGGCGGCUGUCGAAGUUUGUUUGCAGCCCAGAUGACACUGGUGCUGUCAGACAUUGGCUAUUAAUAUUGUGGUAAUUCUUCACGGGAUAUUGCAGAUGAGAAAUAUUAUGUUAUGAAUUUAAAAAUAGUCUCUAUUUGAAUAAUUGCUUAGGUAAAAUUAAAAACAUCUUCAUAUUUUAAGGAUACAUAUCUCCUUUAUA